GCAAAAUUUGCAAGUUUGCCGUAGAAAAGUCAAACCGCGAGUCUCGUCGAGUAAAAUCGUCUUCAAAAUUACAAUUUGCUGCUAGAAUUACCACUCAAAAUUGCACAACAGGACGCUUAUUGUUGAAAAUUACACCAGAGUGUUACAUUUCAGUGAAAAUGUUUUAAAUCUCUGCCGAAAAUCGGCCCCGAAAAAGGAUCGUGUCAUUGCGGCUCCGCGAGCAAACGUCAAAAGUUUCUCUUUGACAGGUACGCUUCGGUCACACAAAUUGCGUGCGUGUGUGUUUGUGUGUGCGUGUGUGUUGUGUUCCCCACCCGCUGCCGAUCCGAGGCUCUGCCAAAGCGCUGUCCGUCCAAAAGUGUCGGAAAAAGGGAACGCCAUAUUGAACAAAAGAAGACGGCGAAAGGAACCUUCCUCGGGGGACCACGGAUUCGGUCCGUCAUCAAGAAGAGCCCAUCGCUGGAACCGGAGUGGACUUGUGUGCGUGUGUGUGGUGAAGACGGCUUCCGCGGGACGGAUUUCCCGGUGGAACUGUUCCGUCGCGCAAAAGGACCAGAAUGUCGCUGAAGAAAAGUUGGUGUUGAAAGGCAAAAAAGAGAGGAAAAAAAGGAAUCUUUACGGGCGAAAGAAGUGGUGUUUGUGGAUCUUGGCGUGUGAGUGUGUAUUUUGGUGCUCACUGUCCAGGUGCACCCACCGCAGGAUCGAAGGAUUAGAAGCGGAAUCGACUACGCCGGCAGGAUUGGACAAUCUAGCCAAAACAAUCCAAUAAACACCGUAGCAUUAAACCCAAGUCUCAAAUCAAAAUAAUUUUCCGGAUGACCACCAACAAUCUCGACGCCAACUGAAAAAAAGCUAAAUUCUCAGCUGCCCAGCUCCCGAGCUCCGCCAAAAUGUCCGGCCACAAUCCGCCCCACGGGCGUCUCGGCCAGCCGAACUCGACCUGGAACCCGCUGCAGGUGCCCUCGUACAUUCCGCGACAGCCCCAGCUGGCGCACAUGUCGAGCGAGCGGUCAAUGGCGCGGUCACCGCUCACCUGGCACACCCCGCCCAACCACCAGGACCAGCUGUACAACUUUAUGUCCGCAAACCACAAGAACAAUCUUGAAAUCAAUCCGAUACUGCCAACGUUUGGUCGUAGUUCCGGCAUGCCGCUGGGUUCGGUCGAUCUGUCCCUGUCGUCGGCCGCCCGGAGUACGCCCUCUCCGAAGGGGGCAGGCAACAACCUGCAACAGCCGGGACUGCCCGGACCGCCGCCCCUUGGUCCACUAUCCCAGCAGCAGCAACAAGGACUACCGUCAAACAUUCCUCCAGGCAUGGGCGGUGGAGGUGGCCCUCCUCCGGCGAUGCCCGAGCAGAACGAUCACUUUCACCACAAAAUGAUUCCCGGGCAGCAGCCCCAGCAACAACACGGCCAACACCAGCAACAUCAUCACAUGAAUGCGAACCACAAUCGAUCGGGACCGUUGAGUCAAAUCGGAGGCGUUAUCCAAUCAACCGCAGCCCUUAAAGACCGUUCCGGCCAUGGUCCCCACGGAGUCGGCAACAACGGCGGUGGCGGCGCCGCCGGCUUAGCUCCGUCGUGUAGCUUCCUUGGGCCGGGUCCGGGCGGGCUGCCACCCCAGGCGGCGCCACAAGCCGGUGGUAACGGUUACUACAACAUGAUGAGCACCAACAGUAACGUGCCCCCGAACGCCGCAAGUAUUAACAACCGGGCGCCGGGGCUGGCAGCGGCUGCUGGGGGAUUGCACAACAUGCCGCCGAUGGGACCAAUCGGAGCGGGGAACGACUUUGGCGGGCUGCACAUCAAGGACGCAAAGCAGCUCAACAGCGAAGUCGGCAAGAAUGGGAGGGAUAAUAUGCCGGGAGUUGUCGAGACAUCGGAUUUGGUGAAAGAUAUCCUGCUGCAUGCGAUGCAGAGUAAUCCAGUUUCAAUGUCGCCGAAGAUAAACUCGUCCCUGCAAACUCCGGUUCCCCCAGGCCAGAGCCCGAACCGGAGUCGCAGCCCACCGGCAUCAUCAUCCUCCUCUGCCGCCCUGGACGGCGGUGGCCACCAAUCGGCAGCACCACCACCACCCCUUCCACCGGGAGCCGCCAAGUCUUUCCCGUUGAUUUCUGCAAACGUGCCAUCGACACCACCGGAAGUGACGCCCGACGCUGCCGCGACCUCCGCCACCGCCAAAACCGACAGUCCACCGUUGCUGCGAGCUCCCUCAACGUCCCCGGCGGCACCUGCGGCAGCGGUUCCCGUUCCCUCGCCCAGCCAGAGCAUCACGUCGAACGACGAUUCGGCCGACUCGAACUCGAGCAAGUCGCGCCGCCGGAGAAAGCCGGACCGAACGAACAAGAUGAGCUCGGCGGACGAGCUGGAACGGAUGCACGACUUUUUGACGGGCGAGAACAGCGCGGACAAGUGCGGCGUCGACCGGAUCGACGGGAUCGAUCCGAUGCGGCCCAACAUUGCGGUUCGGAACGAUAUUGCGACGCUGGCGUUGGAGGGCAUCAGCAGCCUCAGCCAGGGCCUCGCCAGUGAUAGUAGUCAUAGUCCGCACAUUACCGAUCUGUCCGACAGCACGCGGAUAAACCUGCAGCAGCAAGUGGGGACGCCGGCGUCGGCGGCAGCGGCGUUGAACGAAAGCAAUAACCGGCAUCCGGAGACGACGCGGGAAUCGCCGAGGAUUAAAUCACCGGCGGCCGCCGUAAGUUCGGUCAUUUCCAGCGUGCUUUCGGCGGCGGCAGCCAUGGCCGAGUCGCGCAAGGACAGCGAGUCCACGUCGGACGAUUGCGAGACGAUCGACAAGAUUGCGGCGAUGAUUUCCAGCACGGAAGGUGAUGUACAGGUUCCUGCGGCGGCGGCGGUGGCGUCUUCGGCGACGACGACAACGACGACGGGUGGUAGUUGUAAUGGUCCUCCCGCUGGUGUAAGCGCUGAAGGAACGGCGGUUCCUGCGGGGGAAGGUUCCUCAAGUUCCGCUAGCUCAAAGCCAGAAUCUCAGCACAAACCGGACGCGGAUAAAAGUUAUGAAGAGAUCGAGAACAAACUCGAGGAGAUGUUCGCCGGUAUUGAGGAAUCGAUGCCGCCCUCCUGUUCCAAGUCUUCGCCAGCGAAAAAGUCGUCCCCUUCCGCGAAGCAACAGGCCCCAGCCAGCGAACCUGCCACGGACAUUCUCACCGAACUGGCUGGGAAGGCAGAGUCCGAAUUGACUUCGGUCGGACCCGGAAGCAGUAAUUCACCAACGGCACCGGCGGCGGAUGUGGAACCGGGCCCGAGUGGGACUCAGAAAAAGGUACUAACACCGGCGGCGAAACGGGCCAGCGCUGGUAAAGCGGCCGGAACGCCACCGAACAAGCGGAAGAAGGUGUUGAAGAAGAAAUCCGCGCACGGUAAGGGAACGAGCUUUGCGGCGGCUGAGGAAAGGAUGGCCAACUUUGGCUCGGGGAAGGCGGGCCUCGGAAAGAAGCCGAUAACCAAAGGAGGGAAGAAGGGGGCGGCGGCAGGAUCCAACGGGGGCAAAAAUGCCAAAGUAAAAUCAAACGAAGCGACGGCGUCGUCGUCGUCGGCGGCGGAUAUGAACGGAAAGUACAAGGGACCGUUCGUGCAGGUCAAGUCCGACGGAAGCCACAUGGUCAUUAACGCGCCCAUCAACGAGGACGACUCGGACAAGCCGGCGAAGCAGACGAAAAAGUUUGCCAACAGCAUGAACAACUCGGAGAAGAGCAAAAUCCGGGGUCUGCACGUGAGCACGCUCAGCACCAAGUACGACGCGGACACGACGGACGCCUCGUGGAUGUGCGUAUUCUGCAAGACGGGACCGCACAAGAUGCGCCUCGGCGACCUCUUCGGGCCGUACAUCAUCAGCACCAAGUCGGGCGAGUUCGCGGAGAGUAAAACCGACCAGGACUUCUUCAGCGAGAAGCGAACGCGCGAGAGUCUGGCCUCGAAGCUGGUGCAGCCGAAGGUGGAACCGGUCGGCGCAAGUGGGACAAAGUCCAAAAAGCGAAAGUCGCUCGAACCAACGGCGAGCACGAGUAGUGCGGCGCCACCCCCAACGGCCACCGUUCCUCCUCCACCCCCGGACAUGUUCUACGGCAUGGUCAAGGCCGGCGAAGACUCGUACGAGGUGUGGCUGCACGAGGACUGCCUGGUGUGGGCGCCGGGCGUCCACAUCAUCGGGACGCGCAUCGUCGGGCUGGAGGCGGCCAUCUGGAACUGCUGCCGGCACCCGUGUCGGAUAUGUGGCCACUCGGGCGCCGUGGUCAGCUGCCUGAGGCGGGGCUGCAACGCGGAAGCGCACGUCGUGUGUGCGCGAAAGCACGACUGGGAGCUGAGCGACGAGUUCAAAGCGCACUGCAAGGAUCAUUCCGAGGACGGCGAUUCUUGAGUAUUACGGAACUAGGGCUAGGCGCUAGGACUUGUUGCUUUUGUUCGUUUUUCUUUUUUCGGUUUGGUUAAAACUUGUAUUAUGUUCCGUUGUUUUUUUUGUCAUUUUUUUCCCAGCCACAGAAAAUAAACUAAAACACUCUGCAACUGUGCGUCAGUUGUUCAAACGAAAGAUAUUACGGUGGAUUGGGUAUUUUGCCAACACAAAACAGUCACCAAGAUCAAUUCACGAAAAUGUACAUUUUACUCGUGUAAAUAUAGCAGUCAGUCAGCUAGUGUAUGAUAUUUUUUAAUUUAAUUUUAAAUUAGACGGGAAAGCCAGAUCAAAAAAAGCAAGAAAGGAAGAUAUUCGAUCGUGUUUCGAGAAUGUACUUUUCAGGGCGAUAUCUUUGAACUAGUUGUGAGCAGCGAGGUAAUUUAUUUAAUAAUGUUAGGUACUGUCUCUCAAGCAGAAGGAUACAUAUUUUCAUUUAGGCAAGGGAAGUUUUCUUUUUGCAAAAGAAACACACACAAACAACACUAAACUGAGGACAUUGAAUCGAACACAUUGAAAGUGAGCAACAGAAAGAAACAAAAAACACAAUAGACGAAUUGAACAAUUCGUUGGAUGCAUGUGAUUAAAUAAAAAUUAAUUGAUAAAAUUGAUCACCACGUGUGUAGUCUGUAAAAUAGUGUCUAAUCUGGAGAAGUAAAAUCUAUAUUGAAUUCUCGUAAAAAAAAGUUUUAGUAAGCAAACUUAAAGUGCAGCAAAAA